ACAGAGGCUUAUUAUUCGAUUAAAUUUCUGAUCUUAUGAAAUGAAGAACACUUAUGCUUAUGCGGUCUUCAUAUUUUGAAAAUAAAAAAAAAAAGGUUCAUCUCAAGUUCAGUGGAGCCUACGUAACAUACACUUCAAUACUUCAAAGUUCAUACACAUUAUUCGAUUACAUUUCUGAUCUUAUAAAUGUCUACUACUGAAGCUAUGUAACACUAGUUUAUUUCAACUUUUUGAAGUCAAUCUUAUACAAAUAAUAAGAUAAUAAUGUAUAAGAAGGAAAAGCGGCCAAAGAUUGAUUCAUCAUUAACCAAUGUUUCAAAUGGAAGGGGUACAGUUGAUUUGUCAAUGCAAGGAAAUGAGGUAUCUAUAUUACAUAAAAACAACACAAAUGGAUUAUCAUACAGCCAAGAGCUAGUUGGGACUUCAUUUAAUGAAAAUAAUUUGAAUGAGUUGAACUCUUGUCCUGAAUCUAAUGGUGUUAGAUUAAAUGGAACUCACAUGGAGGAGUUAUCACCCAGCAUUGAACCACAUGGAGCUAAUAACAGCAUAGAUAUGAUAGAUGAUCAAAUGAUUGAUGGCUUGAAAUCAGAGGAUGUUGUUAAACUGUUGCUAGAGAAUCCUGAGGAGCUCAAGAAUGUGACUAUUGAUUCACUAAUGCAGAUGGGAGUCAAAACUUUUCGAGAUUGCAUUGAAAUCAUGGAAUCUCUUGAUUCUUUGGGUAUUGGGGAUACUCUUGAGGAAAAAAACUCUAAGGUUUUUAAUGAUCCUAUACAUGGACUAAUUAAACUUCACCCAGCAUGUCUGGCCAUAAUUGAUACACCACAGUUCCAAAGGUUAAGGUACAUCAAACAGCUAGGUAUGUGUUACUAUGUCUAUCCUGGAGCAUCGCACAACAGAUUUGAACAUUCGCUUGGAGUGUGUUACCUUGCUGGUCAGUUUGCUCGGACUCUACAAAAGAACCAACCUUACCUUGGAAUCACAGACAAAGAUAUAUUGUGUGUUGAAAUAGCUGGACUUUGUCAUGAUCUGGGUCAUGGUCCAUUCUCUCAUUUGUUUGAUGGGAAGUUUAUUCCUGCAGUUUGUCCUAACAGGAAAUGGAAGCAUGAAAAAGCUUCUUUGGACAUGCUUGACUUUUUGAUAGAAGAGAAUCAGUUGUUGGAGCCUAAAGGGUUAUUAUCAAAGUAUGGAUUGGAUAUGAAGGAUAUUCUUUUCAUAAAAGAACAAAUUUAUGGACCUAUAGAUAACAGUGGUACUUUGAAAGGGAGAGACAAGGAGAAAUAUUUCCUGUAUGAGAUUGUGUCUAACAAAAGGAAUGGAAUCGAUGUGGACAAAUGGGAUUACUUUGCCAGAGACUGCCACCAUCUUGGUGUUAAAAAUAACUUUGAUCAUUUCCGUUUUAUGAAAUUUGCCAGAGUCAUCGAAGUAAAUAAGGAGUGGCAGAUAUGCACCAGAGAUAAAGAAAUAGGCAAUCUGUACAACAUGUUCUAUACAAGGUACACCUUACACAGGACUGCCUAUCAACAUAAAGUCAGCAAUGCUAUUGAGACAAUGAUUUUACAUGCUCUUAUCAAAGCCAAUGAUUAUGUUCAGUUUACAAAGAAAGAUGGGACCCAAUGUAAGAUGUCAGAAUGUAUUGACAACAUGCUGGCCUACACAGAGCUGACUGACAACAUCUUGUUCAAAAUAAUUUACAUGGAAAACACAGCUACAGAGGUCCAGGAAGCCAAAAAUAUUAUUCAGCGUGUAUUUACCAGAGAUCUCUACACGUGUGUUUAUGAGAGUAUUCCUCUGGAGUCUAAAGAUUUUCACAAGACAGCUGAUGAAAUUCUAAAAGCUAUCCUCAACAAAGCCAAUGAAUUGUUUGGUGUUACCUAUAAAUCUACAGAUGCUGUGGUUGAGGUCACCUAUUUGGACUUUGGUAUGAAGCAUCAGAACCCUGUAGAGAAACUUCUAGUUUAUUCUAAGCAUGAAGAGAAUUCUGCCAGACAUUUACCCAAGAGCGAGGCAAGUCGGAUACUUGGUCCAAUGACUUUCUCCGAGCUAUUGAUUCGAGUUUACAGUUGUGACAGAGACAAAGUCAAACGUCAAGUAUUAGACAAGGCAGCUAAAGCUUGGUUUGAGGAUAUGCAAAGCGGCUGGAACCAGACCAUGUCUACCCCUGAAAAGAAAAAGAAAGAAGAACUCAGCCUCUCCAUGCAACUUACACCAAGUUCUGCUGGGAAACACAAAGCAAGAUACUCCAGCUUAGACAUGGAAUAACCAACACAAAGCAAGAUACUCCAGCUUAGACAUUGAAUAAGAAACCACCUUCUCGAACCUUUCUAGCUUUAGCUUUUUCUCCUUUGUCUGCCCAGCAAAAGUUAAAACAAUGUUUGCCAACAGUUUUAGUUUUUAUUGUGCAGUAUCAUAAGCUCCUACGGUUUUUGUAUUGCUCCUCAGGGUGUAAACAUUAAUGUUACAGAAAGCUGUUUUAGAAAUUGUGAUCAAACUGAAAACUAUUUAUUUUAUUUGUGGGUGAAGUCAAAGAAAUGUGCCAUGCAAAAAAUGUUUUAAAUUAUAUUGCACCAUUAUUUUUUUUUUUAUCAUAUGUCAAUCAAUGAUAUACUAAUCAAUCAAGUAUUUUAUACCUCAUUGGAUCCAAAUUUACAUGUUUACCUAGACACUUUUUUUUUUUUUUUGUAUUACAAAUGACAAUUACUAAGCUUUAAUGCAUUUAGUGAUCUCAAACCUUCAUGUUAUUUUUUUUUCUAAUCAUUAACCAUAUGUAUAAUAUACCAUGAAGAGAUAAAUUUAGUGAGAAAAUGUAAAAGAUGAAAAUAAGUUCAUCCAAGAAUAUGUCUUAUGAAACAUUUUCUGAUAUGUAGAACUAAAGUUGUUUUUCUUAACUCCACCAAAAGAGAACACAGCAUAAAAGAACAAAACUAAGGGCAGCAGGCUGGGUAACUUGCCAUUUAAUGGCCUUCAGUGCUUUCAUUUGGGAGACUUUAAUUUUUUUUUAAUGUAACUUCUAAUAUGAACACUGCUUAAUUUAUCUGUGAUCUGUCUGAUACUUAUAAUUUGGUGUUUUAUAUACCUCUAUUUUCUUUUCUUUUUAGAUACCCCUUUUUUGUCCAACAAUGCAAUUUUUUGUGCUUUGCUUUUAAAUGUCUUGCUUGACUAUGUGAUAUUUAAAGGUAUUUGGAUUAUUUUAUGAUUGGGCUUUAUAAUUUAUUAUUAUUUCUUUUCAUAGCUUGAUAUUAUUUCUAUCAACUAGAAGGUUUGUUUGUUUUUAUUGCAUGGUCUUAAAGUGUAAAGAGUUUUGACUCACAAGUCCCAGGAUCACAUCCCGUUUACAUUGCUCAACUGAAAUCCAUUUAAUUCGUUAUCAGUACCAGAGAACAGCAAAAACGUUUUUGUAAAGACAAUUGUUUCAACAUUCAUAAAUUAAAUUAUUUUUUUUGUUUGACUGUGUUUUAGGCAAGAUUUAUAAAGAAUGCUUCACUUUUUAUUUUAUUUUUCGACACCAUAGUAGUUGAUACUAUUGAUUGUAAUUCAUUUCAGAUGGCAUUAUACAUUUACCUCAAUGGUCCACUCAAUCUAUAGCAGCCAUAAGUAGUGCUAAAAGCAAUAAAAUGUGACAUUCCCAUUCAAGGGCUAGAUAUUUUUGCUAAUUUGUGUUAUCUGUUUGUUGAAAUCUCGGGCAUUUCUUACUAAGCAUUAGUUUAUUUUUAAGUUUUUUAACUCAUAAACAUUCCCUUUUUUUUAAACCACUCCUUAACAUUACUUCCCAGUACUAUUUUGUAAGAAAGUUGUCUGAAAAUUAUGAAAGUGCUGUUUUUUAUAGUAAUGUUCUUGUGUUCACUUGUUUAUUAAGGUUAAACAAUUGAUAUUGUCUCUUUCUGGUGCAACAUAAUAUGUAAGUCACAGCCUGGUCUGCAUAAUAAUAUCUGAGUUAGAAAACAAUGCCUUAUUGAGUUUUAGAAGUUAUUUGAUAUAUUCUUAUUCUAGAAAAUUUCCUUUUGCCAGGAAUCUUUGAUUUUUGAUGUUGACCCAAAUGCAACAAAAAUUUUAGCUAUAAACUAAAAAAGUUUGAUAGUAGUUAUUAUUUCAGCUUUGAAAAAACUUUCUUUACUAGAUGUUUCUUAGAAAUUGCUUUAAAAAUUUUUUUUUUUUUUUUUUUUUGCAAAAAUUGUUA